AGACAGAUCAGAUCCGGUGAAAUAAAAGACUAGAAAGGCAAACCUUGGCAGCUCAAAGCUUUAUUCUGCAAUUUAUUUGCCCUAUCUUUCAUCUUCUAUUUGAAUCUACAUUUUUGCUUCAUACGCUAUGACUAAGCAACAAGCUAACUGGUCUCCAUAUGAUAACAAUGGAGGAUCUUGUGUUGCGAUUGCCGGCGCAGAUUAUUGCGUCAUCGCCGCCGACACUCGAAUGUCCACUGGCUACAGUAUUCUCACCCGGGAGUACUCCAAAAUCUGUAAACUAGCUGACAAAAGUGUAAUGGCGUCUUCUGGUUUUCAAGCUGAUGUCAAAGCCCUACAAAAGCAUUUGGCAGCCAGGCACUUGAUCUAUCAACACCAACACAACAAGCAAAUGAGCUGUCCUGCCAUGGCUCAACUACUCUCGAACACUCUCUACUAUAAACGCUUCUUUCCGUACUAUGCUUUUAAUGUUCUAGGUGGUCUUGAUAGUGAAGGAAAGGGCUGUGUCUACACUUAUGAUGCUGUUGGUUCCUAUGAGAGGGUUGGAUAUAGUGCUCAAGGUUCUGGUUCCACUCUUAUCAUGCCUUUUCUGGAUAACCAACUGAAGUCUCCCAGCCCUCUGUUAUUGCCUGCCCAGGAUGCUGUAACUCCACUUUCAGAAUUGGAAGCUGUUGACUUAGUGAAAACUGUUUUUGCAUCUGCAACUGAGAGGGAUAUCUACACUGGAGACAAGCUUGAAAUUGUCAUCCUAAAUGCUGAUGGUAUCCGUCAUGAGUAUAUGGAACUCAGAAAAGAUUAAUCUGUCCAAAAUCUUGUUGGUCCUAUCACAAGUUACUGGAGGAAUUGCAUGGAUUACCCCUUGGUUGACACUUACCGAGGUUGAUGUUUUAGCUAUUUAAGCAUUUUCAUCCUAUUGAUCAGUAUAACUUUUAAAUUAGUCAACUUGAACAAAUGCAAUUUUCUAGUAUAGAUGUUCAGUUAUGAUGCAAUUCAUGUUUUGGGACAUAUGCAAUUGGCAUUUAAAUUGGCUUGUCCGAAAAGUUUGCUGUGGAUAGAAAUUUAAUGCACGAAGUCCAUUGUGCUCCUUUAUAUGUAGAAAGUUGGCUAUUUGGAAAUGGUCUCGAGAACCUGCUUCACAUUUUUCGCUUAGCGCAUAAAUUUAAGUGCGUAUAUUUCCAUUUA